GUGAUGUACAAACUCGGACAUCGCCAGAUUUUAUUGUACGUUCUACAGGAGACGCCGGUAUACAUUGGACGAUCCGUUGACAGCUUUUUGACAACAAAAGUACAUCAGAAGAAGAAGUAUUAGUUAUUGAACAUGACAUCAGAGGGCACCCUGUUGGCCUUGUUCCUACUGGCAUCAAUGAUAAAUGUCACCAUCUCGUCACAUACACUACAAGAUGUAAAGGAUGUGUACACACACAUUUUCAAUGGUUACGACAAACGAGUCAUCCCGCUUUUGAAACAAGGAUAUAGUUUACCUGUUUAUAUGGAAUUCAUAUUGAGGUCGAUAAACGAAUUCGAUGAAAAGUCGCAGAAACUUGCAAUAGCAGGCAUGUUUACUAUAACAUGGAUAGACGAAUCACUGAAGUGGAACAUGUCAGACUUCGGUUAUGUGUGGCAUGUCCAUGUUGACGCGAAAUCAAUAUGGCUGCCAAACAUUGUCCUUAUCAACACCUAUGAUAAAUUCACUAUGCUAGCAGAGGCUGCUUCGACUGCGCUUGUAUAUUACGAUGGGUAUGUUGAGUGGUUAUCGGGUGACAGUUACGUCGUCAGCUGUGAGGUCGAUAUCACUUAUUAUCCAUUCGAUACACAAAAGUGUUAUUUGUUAUUCGAAGUGUGGGAUGCACCUGUUUCUGAAGUCGCUCUCAUGAAAUACUCAGAAUCACUUAAUAUGUCUCUUUUACAGGAAAAUGUCGAAUGGGUUCUUUUAAAAACGGAGAUUUUUGAUUCGAAAACAGACAAUGAAUCAUAUGUGUCAUAUGUCACUUAUGUCAUGCAUCUACAGAGAAGGCCAAAGUUCGUGAUCUCGACUAUCGUCGCCCCCGUAAUCCUAUUGGCGUUUCUAAAUGUCUGCGUGUUCCUCAUACCGUCGUCUUCAGGAGAGAAGAAUUCAUUUUGUGUGACGGUGUACCUGUCAUACGCUGUGUUUCUAGGAAUAAUCAGCUCCGAACUUCCUCACAACUCACAAAAUGUAUCUUUCUUGGCCAUGUAUCUGCUCUCACUUCUGAUUUUCAGUGUGAUCAUCGUCCUGAUAACAGUCAUACAAGUUCGUCUCUUUAUCGAGUAUGGAGAAACACCAGUACCGACCUCACUUUUGAAAGUGUGUUGCUUUUGUACACGUGGAACUCGAUCUCAAGUAACUCCUCUGGAUGAUAAUGAUAGAGUGGAACACAUCGGUAUGGGCGGUGAUGACAAGGAAGUUACUCACACAUAUAAGAAUGAAACACUUGUUUGUUUUAAAGAGGUGUUGCCGAGACUCGAUGUCCCCUUGUUCUUUUUCUUCUUGAUAAUUUUGAUUUUGUUCACUUUAGUUAUGGGCAUGUAUACCUAUUCCAAUGCAUUGUGAACGGUCGUUUCUAUUGUAUGCGAUGACGUUUCCUUUGAUAGAUGUCCUGACAUGUUUCAUGAGUCAUUCCUAUUGGAUACUGUAUACUAGUAGUUGUUUCUUUUCAAGGGGGUGAUAUUUCGCGGUUGUCAAAGUCAUGUCGGAUUGUAGUUCACGGGUUACAAAUUCCUCGUAACACCUCCAUUUGAACAUAUUGCAGUAAGCAGGCGAAUGCAUCUUUACAUUGUCUGCGUUUAAUGUAUAUUGAUAAUCACGUUAUAGAUAUUAGCUGGUCGUUUAUUAUCUGGUUAUAUUUAAUGACCCCGACUAUAAUGCAAUGUCCCACAAAUAUUUCAAACAAUAUCCUUUAUUUAUAUUUAUGUAUCCCUGGUAAAUACUAGCCGCAAUAUACCGCUCGGCUAGAGAGAUCUUCCCUUUAGCUCGAUCGGUUGAGCGUAAAACUAGAAAGCCCGAGUUCGAUCCCUAGCGGAAGGAGUGAUUCAAAUUUAAUUGAUCAUGCGCUCUGUUAGAUCGGCGCCCAUGUAGGUACAUAUAUGUACUCGGGAAUGAUACUCAUCGCUGCUUGCGAAAGCAUCGCUGUUACCCGAACAAGAGACUGUAUUGUGUUUUUAUUGAUUACAGUAAGGCUUUCGAUAGUGUUAAUCAUCAAAAAUUAUGGUAUAAACUUUGGAGAAAUGGUAUUAGGGGGCGAUUACUGAAUGUUAUUAAAUCAAUUUACGAUAAUGUACGUUCCUGUGUUAAACUAAAUGGUAAAUUAUCCGCCAUGUUCGAUUUGGAUGUCGGAUUAUUGCAAGGAGAAUCUUUAUCCUGAAUGCUCUAUUCUCUUUUUGUAAACGAUAUGGAAAGUCAUUUUAUAAAUUCUAAUUGUCAAAGUUACUCGUUACAGCUGAUUAACCUCUUUAUGUUAAUGUACGCAGACGAUACAGUCUUGUUUUCAGAGGACGUUACCGACCUCCAAAAUAUGCUUGAUAGGUUACAGACUUAUACUCUUAAAUGGAACUUAAAAAUAAACACAGAUAAAACAAAAAUUGUUGUUUUUAGGAAAAGAAAAAGAAUGCUACCCUCUGAAAACUGGACUUUUAAUGGAAACCCUAUAGAAAUUGUCGAUAAGUUUUGUUACCUUGGCCUGAUUUUUAACUUUAACGGUAGAUUCACUGCAGCAUUAGAUACUUUGGCUUGCCAAGGAAGAAAAGCAUAUUAUCAUUUAAAAAGAAAAAUGAAAGUGUUCACCCUUAAUAUUGAAACGAAAAUGUCUUUAUUUGACACUUAUGUUGCAUGUGUUUUGAAUUACGGAUGUGAAGUAUGGGGACAAGCUGUUUCACCACAAAUUGAAAAAAAUCAUCUUUUUCUCAAAGACUUACUUAAUGUUAAGAAAUCGGUAAAUUCUUCUAUGGUCUUCUUCGAAACUGGUAGAUAUUCAUUGUAUGUGCAACGUAAAAUAGCAGUAAUGAAAUAUUGGCUGAAAUUACUAAAAACCAAUAAUUGUGUUUUAAAAUCAUGUUAUGACGCA